CGCGCUUGACCCAGCCAGCCACAGCACCACCGCGUGCGCGUGCGCGUGCGCGAGCCGGAGGGGGUAGGGGCAAGGCAAUCGACGACACGACCGGGUCCCCUUCCCCUUCCCCCGGCCCGCUGCUGCUGCUUCAUACUACUCCUCCUGUUUUAUAGCCGCCGCGCUCGAGUUUUCUUCCUCCUCAUCCUUCUUCCUUGCCCGAUCCCCAGGCGCUCGAUCUACCAUCUACCAGCUGCGCUCCGUCCGUUUCCGGGAGCAUUUCUUCUGAACUCUGCCACGCGCGAGUCGCCGCGGAAUUUUACUGAAUUACCAGCACCAGAGCAGAGAUCUCGGUCGGCUCGGCGCCAGGGGCAACUUCCGCCAUGAGCGCCACGAGCUCGUCCUUCUUCGGGUCAAACGGGAAGAAGAAGCCCGCCGCCCGGAACCCCUUCGACUCCGACUCCGACGACGACGGCGGCAUGGUCCAGCAGAGGCCGCCCGCGCGGGCCUCCUCCGUCCCGACCCCCGCCGUCGAGGCCGACCAGCGGGGCGCCCUAUUCGCCGGCGCCGCCGCCGCGGGCCCCGGGCCGUCCGGGUUCGCGUCCUCGUCGUCCGCGGCGGCGGCCAGGGGCCGGUACAGGAACGACUUCCGGGACUCGGGGGGCGUGGAGGCGCAGUCGGUGCAGGAGCUGGAGGGCUACGCGGCGUACAAGGCCGAGGAGACCACGCGCCGGGUCGACGGCUGCCUCCGGGUCGCCGAGGAGAUGCGGGACACCGCGUCAAAGACCCUGCUCCAGGUGCACCAGCAGGGCCAGCAGAUCAGGCGCACCCACGCCAUGGCCCUCGACAUCGACCAGGAUCUAUCCAGGGGGGAAAAGCUACUAGGGGAUCUUGGUGGUUUGUUUUCCAAGAAGUGGAAGCCAAAGAAGAAUGGAGCAAUCAGGGGCCCUAUGCUGACCAGAGAUGAUUCCUUCAUACGCAAGGGCAGCCAUAUGGAGCAGAGGCAUAAACUGGGGCUGUCAGAUCGUCCGCGUCGAUCCAAUGCACGUCAAUUCCUAUCCGAACCCACGUCAGAGCUUGAGAAAGUCGAGGUGGAGAAGGCAAAGCAGGAUGAUGGCCUAUCUGAUCUUAGCGACAUACUGACCGAGUUGAAAGGAAUGGCCAUUGACAUGGGAACUGAGAUUGAGGGGCAAACAAAGGAUCUGGGUCAUGCAGAGAAGGACUUUGACGAACUUAACUACAGGGUCAAGGGGGCGAACACUCGAACCCGUCGUCUGCUUGGGAGAUAGACGGAAAGCAUAUGUUGUUGUCACCGGAGGAUUCCUGCGACACUCGUUAUCUUCUGCACUUUGCUUUCGUGGGUUGUUAAUUCAGAUCAUUUUGUGCAUACGACUCUGAUCAGGAUGGUUUGUUGGGGAGGUGGCCGGGGAGUUGUAUCAGGGUUUAUUGUGUAAAUGCUAGACGGCGGUUCAUUUUCUAUGUUGCAGUUGUAGUACAAUUUGCUAUGGACAGUAGAUAAGUCUGUAUUCGGUUUUCUUGUUUUGUAAUCUCUAUGCUACAGGAAAGCACAACAAUUUCACAUUGGUUUAUGGAGUUGCUAAUUCUGGGUGGACUCAGAAUUUGGUAUUUCUCA